AUGGCUGUUGAUAAUCUCGUCAAAGUUGGUUAUGAAACAAUUCGUCAGAGUUCUGACCAUAUUUUUAAGCGCGACAUGCCACCCGCCCUUGUUCGAGUAGAAGAGGCGUCCGUUUUUCUUCAAGAUGCUGUCAAGCUACUUUCUCGCGAUCCAUCUUCCGCGAAUGGUCGAAAAAAACUUAUUGAUGGUUCCCGUGGUAUUCUUCAAGGAACCUGGGCCGUAUUGGUUGCAUUUGAUAUGUCGGAAGUCAGGAAAAUUGUUGAAUGUUGUAAUUCUGUGCUCGCUAUGCUCAACACUGUUUCGGAUAUCAAGAGCUUUCCUGAACUUGCAGAUUUUGUGAAGAACCUUACUCCUGGUAUGUCUCAGAUGAUUAAAGAAGUCCACGAAAGGCAGGAUGAACUUGUUAUCAAGUCGCACGCUGAAAUACUACAGCGGGGUAUAGCUCAAGUAAAACGCAUUACUCCCAUCCUUAUAUCUUCAAUCAAACUUUACCUCAACACAACCCAGCAACGUCUUCCUGCGGCUUGUGAAGCGCAGUCAAACAGGGACUACUUUUUACACCAAAUGUCUGACGAAAUAUGUGAAAUAAUACGUGGUCUUCAGCUUACGAGCUCCGAUGACACUGAUUAUUUAGGCGACCACAAUGACCUUCGUCUUAUAGCUCGAAAUAGCAAAAUCGCAGAUGAGUGGUUGCUGAAUCCUUCUGCUAACAUAAAUGGUGUCGAAGUUAUUCAAGAUAUUCUUGACACGGCUCGUCAUUUUGAGGCGUUCUGUAUGUCAGACUCAGAACGAAUAGGUCUUCAUGGACUUAUCAGUGGCAUUGAGUCUCGUUUGCACCAACUCCUAAAUGCGCAACAAGGGAGCGACGCAGCAAUAGCAGCACAGAGCGCGUCAGCGUGCCGCGACGACUUAGCACGUCUGCUAGAACUGUGCAGGGCACUGUGUGAACGGACGGAGCAUCAGAAUGCCAUCUACCGAUUGGCGCGUACAUUGGAGGGCAAGGCAACACAAGCGAGGCGCUGGCUUCUCGAACCCCGCGGACCCCAGAGACAAGUCGGCUUUGAGGCAGCCAGGGCCCUCAUCGCUCAAGCUCUCCAAAUCAUCCAAACAGAGGCUGAAGAGGAAGGGUUUCAGGAUUCAGACUUCCAAGAGUCAUGCGACCAUCUACGCUCCAAAACUGACGAGCUCUUUGCCCUACUCGAGAAGCCACUAAUUUCCGAAGUUCAGAGGUUACGAGAACAAAAGCUGGCAGCGGAAGCUGUUCAAACUUUGGACUUUAUGUGGCACAGUAUGCAACACGGGUUGGUUCGACAAGUCGCCAAUUUCUUCACUGAUCUUAUCGGUCCCAUCAAGAAUCUGCAAGAGGCAACUUCUGCUGUCCCUGUCAAUGAAACCGCCUACCAGCAAGCAGCCGAUUCCUUCCUUGGGUGCUUUGACGUUGAUAAUGACUUUGAUUGGUGUAUAUGCGAACAGGAACACUCGCGAAGAGUGAAGCAGACGGCCAGUCUAGCGGCAGGCAAUUUGGUGGAUCCAUGGCGGGGCAUCGCGUUGCAGACCCUCGCUUCCAACCUCGAGAGCGUCGGCAGUCAAGUCAAUAUGGCUGGUCGAGCGGUAAUGUCGGCACGCCAAAACGGUGCCAGCACCCAACUUCAGAACGCCGCUUCAGACCACUUUGACCUCAUCAAGAGGCACUGGACCGAGUGUGCCGAGCGCACUAGAAAUUUGGUCGAUGAGGCCAUUGACGCUAAAGCCUUCAUUAAGGCUCAAGGUGCAGCUUACGUCUUCUGUGCUCUCUCCAUCACUUCAACUGGCAAAAUUCGUUAUUCUCUGACAGGAUAUUUCCAUGUUCUUCGUUGUCUACUUCCUUUAGAAACUGGAAUAUUGCGAGACAAUGAUCAGAUUGAGGAUAGUGUUGAUCAGCAUUGUCCUGCCUCUGUUGUGAAUGGAACCACGAGCGUUGCCCUGAGAGCUAAUCGCGUGCUGCAAGUUGCUAUGCGGGAGACUGAGAACAGUGAAGAUAGUGUUUAUGUUGAUCGUGUGAAUGAGGCCGUCCACAGACUGCGGACCAGCAUCACAGCGAUGGUUGCAGAUGCUAAAAGUAUGGUCCUGGCAAUGGACGACCCGAGUGUCCGCGAUCGCUGGCGCGCCUCUAGUAGAAAUUUGGUUGAUGCUGUCUCCGGUGUAGGUCAGGUAGUUGAGCCGACUUAUCUUCAUCCCGUGGCGGUCAAUGCAGGUCCGGCUUCCCAAAGAAUCACAUUAAGAGGCAAAGAAGACCCAGUUACUGACACAAUCCCCAUUGCUGGGAUGCGACAACUUUGCAUCCAGGGUACUAUUCCUUUCUUUUGGUGCUCGCGAUUAAUAUCAGCGCACUGCUCUACAGGUGGUGCCUCCUCCAGUUUAAGUGAUGGCAACUCGCGUCCUCUCUCUCCUGAAACUGACCUGGAGGAUGAAUUCAACUAUCCCCUCCCUGAGAAAGAUCAGCCAAUCAUGGCUGCUGCCCACGCUCUGCAUCAGGAAGCUCGGCUCUGGUCAAGUCGUGACAACGAACUUAUCGCUGCCACCAAGCGGAUUGCCGCUCUCAUGGCUAAACUUAGUCAGAUUGUCCGGGGCGAGUACGGUAAUAAAAAGGACCUCAUCAACGUUUCAAUGGCAAUCGCAGAGGCUUCUGUGGAUGUGACGCUUUGCGCUCGAGCCCUCGGAAGGGAGUGUACCGACAGACGAAUGAAAACCAGUCUUCUACAAUUGAGCGACCGAAUUCAAAUGAUUGGCAACCAACUGAAGAUCCUUUCAACGGUAAAGGCUACCAUGCUAGGAUCAGAUGAUUCCCCGGAGGAUCAGGAGAACACAGAGGUCCUGGUGGGUAAUGCGCAGAACCUAAUGCAGGCCGUAAUUGAGACUGUGCGGGUAGCAGAAGGAGCUAGCAUUAAGAUGCGCGUGGAUAGUGGCUACAAGAUCCGCUGGAUGCCAAGACUCAUUUCCUCUAUUGGUUCAGGCUACAUAACUCAUUGA